UGAAGAACAAGUGAAGGGAAAGAGUUGAUCAAAAUCCCGUCGUCCCAUGUUUCAAGCUCUGAACCAUAGCAAAUACCAUUGAUAUUCUUCCGGUUUCGAUUCCAUUCAUGGUAAAUGAAUCAGAGAUUCACAGCUCUGUUUCCGUAUAUUGGAGAAGGUGAGAGCUACCAAAGCUUUAAUUUGCUGUUGACAGCUGAAACGUUCCAUAUACAGGUAUGCUCCAAAUUGUUUUUGUUCCUUUUUGGGGACAAAACACAAACCUAAAAUAACCGAUGAGUUUUCCUAUAAAGAAAUCCCCAUCUUCCCCUUCCCUUUGUUUACUUUCUUUCCCUUUAAGUUUCAGUUUCAGCUUGAGCGAAACCAUGCGUCGCAAAGCACCCACCACCCUCCUUCUUGUUUUCUUUUGCGUUCUUCUCUCCGCUUUCUAUUCUCUCCAUCUCUCCCGCGAUGCCAUAUCCCAUUCCCUUACGGAGCUCCGGUUUUAUCCCAAAAACCUCACCGCCUCACUCAAGGACCCGGGUUCUUACAACCAUGUCAUCAGAGAAGAAAUCAAGGAGCUCACUCACCGGACUCGACGCGUGUCCUCCAUUCAAGGACCCGUCGAUUCGGUUUCGGUUCUUUUGCCUAACUGGGAGGUCCUCGUCCUCGUCUCGGCCGGCACCCCCUUGACCUCACCUUCCGAGGAGAGUUUGUAUUGCCUUUUCCCCAACGGCGAGGCUUCUCCAGCCAAUUUAUCGGGGGUCUUACCUUUCAGUAAUGCGACGGCGUUCAAGUGCAUUCUUCCUAAGGGAAACCGCAGACGCCAGCCGUUUCACCGGCCUGUGCUGACCAGUUCGCUGGAGAAGGAAUCGGCAGUUAUCACUCCGGCGCCAGUGAUGCCACGUUGGGGCUUCUUGGUUUACGAGUCGUUCUCAACUGAGACCGACGUGAUUCUGUUCGUCAAAGGCGUUAACAACCGUCAGGGUAUCAACAGGCCUCCAGAGGAAUUCAGUUGCGUGUUCGGUGACGAAGAAAACAGCGCCGUUAGAACCCCUGUUACCAGCUCAAUGCAGGAGGUGUUCAGGUGCCAACAUCCGAAUUUAACGGCGGUAAAUAUUCCUAUCGCAACAGCCGAAAGAAUCAAAGUGUCCCUCGAAAUCAACAGACAAAAGGUGGUCAUCCCUUCGGUUGCAUAUUACAGUCCGAGUUCCAGGCGGACGCCGGCGAACCCAAAGCCGAAAUCGCUCUUGUGCGCCACCACCAUGGUUUACAACGUGGCGAAGUUCUUGAGAGAAUGGGUGAUGUACCAUUCCAAGAUUGGUGUCGACAAGUUCUUCAUAUACGAUAACGAAAGCGAUGAUGAUCUAAAGAGGGUGAUAAAGGAGCUUAACGAAGAAGAUUAUAACAUCGAAAGGAUUUUCUGGGUAUGGCCGAAGACUCAAGAAGCCGGAUUCUCUCACAGCGCGGUUUACGGCAAAGAUUCAUGCGCGUGGAUGAUGUAUGUCGAUGUCGAUGAGUUUAUAUUUUCACCGUCAUGGCUUAAAAAUUCUUCUCAACCAUCCAAAGCCAUGCUUCCAUCUCUGUUGCCAUCGUCCACCAACCCACCGAUCGGACAAGUUUCGAUCAAGUGCAACGAUUUCGGACCGUCGGAACAAAAGGAGCAUCCGGCGGAAGGGGUGAUACAAGGUUACAACUGUCGUAGACGAGUCGAGCAAAGGCACAAAUCGAUAGUUCUGUUAGACGCCAUUGAUUAUUCGUUGCUUAACGUCAUCCAUCACUUCGGUUUGAACAACAGUUACUACAGCUGGCAAGACUUGCCACUGGACGUGGCCGCGUUGAACCAUUACAAGUACCAAGCUUGGCCUGAAUUCAUGACCAAGUUUCGACGAAGGGUUUCAGCUUUCGUUGCGGAUUGGAGGACAGGGGUGAAUCCAAACUCUAAGGACCGGACCCCGGGGUUAGGGUUCCAACCCAUCAAACCAGAAAACUGGGAAAAUAUGUUCUGUGAUGUGAAAGAUGAACGGUUAAAACUUUUGACCCAAAGAUGGUUCACUUCUCAAACGCCCGAGGGGUUAAAAAUGGCAUGGCAAAGAUGAACAAUUUAGAGCCAUGGUGAUAGAGAGAGCCACACAGCCAUAGCAGUAGAUUCAAAAUUUUCCUUCU